UCUAAGAGUUGUUCAACCCCAAUUGCCAACUUUUCAUUUUAACAACGUGCGGGCCAAGCCGCCCGGAUGCACUAUCUUAGCGUUGCUUACUCGGGUUUUCUUUCCCUCGUGAUUUUCUUCCCCCUUUACCCCUUUCCCUCGCACAUUAUCUAAUAUCUAACUUCACCAUAUAUCGCUACGUAUAGAGAUAGACGAUCGGUCUCUCAUAGGUGGCAUCAAGAUCUAGCCUGACUAGUACGGCUUCAGCGUCAUUGUCCUAUUUUCUCACCACAGUCACUACAGUUCGAGAUGGAUAGUCAGCGGUUAUUUUCGGAGACCGAGACACGUCUCUUCAAUCAAGUUUGUGAAGCUGUCCAUGCCACGAGCGACAAUCAGAAGAACCUACUCAGAUCGCUUGUCUGUGGUGAGUUGACUGCGGAAUGGUCUCAAUUAGUGACAAUGAUGGAAUCGAACGGCCCUCUCAGUAUAUUAUUCAAAGAUGAGUUGAAAUACUUGACCACCUUGAAAUCGACUAGCCGCGGUCAUCAAUCCUCACAAGCUCACGGAGAAGCGGGCGUAUUCUCUCAGAUCCAACCCAUACCCGGUCAGAAGACUACUGACCAGAAACUUGUCAAGGCGGCCACCCAUGACAUCGUUCAAUAUAACAACGUUCUCGAGAAAUUACUAGUGAAGUAUAGAGACUAUGUUCGUUCUAGUAUAUCUGGUAUUCAGCGUUAUCCGGAGACCGAUAAUGGUACCUCGGCAGUUGAGCAAAAAAUCGUCAACUUGUCUUCCAGAAGAGAUUUGCUAAAGAAAGAGAUUCGUUCACUAGAGGAUAAAAUCGAUAGUCGAUUUGAUUGCCUUGAAGGUAUCACUCGAAUCGAGCCCAACGUGGCAGAGGCAGAGGGGGGUGUAUCGGACAGGAACUCGAAAUCUUCCGCUCUAACAGACAUAUUCAAAACCACACUCCCAUCAUAUGAUCAUAUCCUUAGUAGGCUAGAUGCUCUACACGGUGAAUUGGACUAUGACGCUGGCGAAGACGAUACGACUCUCCAUACAGCCAGACGACAUGCUAGCCAGAUUGUAUUAUCAUUAGCCACCAAAUGUCGCGCAUCUUUAGACGCGGUUUUCCUAGAGGCCUCCCUUACCUACAAUAGGCGCGCGUCUUACGCGUCUAGCUACGCGCGAGACAUUAAUGACGAACGUGAUGCUGUAUAUGCCGAAAUACAAUCUCUAUGGGAUGAGAUGGUACCCCUUUCACACAUGGUAGUCGAGAAUGAAUUUCUCAAACCUAUCUUGAAAAAGACCGAGUCCCGUUCGGACCGACAGAGCACGAGAGAUAUGAUUGUUUCGGGCUAUACAUCCGCCAUGCUUCGUUUUAUGAACGAACGCCUCUGUAUCCUAGUAUCUCGCAUCCAGACGCUUGUUCACCAUCAUCAAACUCUUUUAACCGCUUUCACGUAUGUGAACAGUAAAGCAGAAGCCAAGUCAGCUAAGAGACCUGUGGCAGCGAACGUACAUUCGACCCAAACUAAAGAAGGCGGAAAGUCGAAAAGCCAUACGCUCCUAGAUACCAUUCGGCGCCAGAUGGAGCUUUACGGUUCCGUGCCGAUAGAUGUCGAUAAUAAGUCCCAAGCAGCCUAUGCAGCCACACCUCGCACGCAGGUCAAUAAGCUUGAUCGAUAUGUUACAUCACGUCAGAAGAAGGGUGAUGAUCUUGCAAGGAACGUGCAUAGCUAUUUCGAGAGAGCGGCAAAAUCUCAAAUUACAGACGCUGAAUUCGGAGCUCACCUCCUCUUGGACUCCGUCAUUGCCGACAGCACUGCGGGCAGCCAGAUGGGGGGCCAUGUCUACGACGACCAGCAAGUUGAGGAUUCGGUCGCCACAAUGAAAUCCCAAACGAGCGAAAUCGAAACGACGUUCAGAAAGCUCCGAGAAGGAGCCGGGGUCCCGUCUUCGGCACCGGAUUUCGUCACCUAUGCUUACAACAAGUCUGUUAAACAACUUCCCUCUGACGACACGGAGAAGUGCCCUAAAUUUGUGGCUGUCGUUCAGAAAUGGGGGGACCCCGUGGGUUUUACGAAUUGAACCCCGUAUGUUUCAUGGUAGUGCAUCGCCAAGAGAGACCUGGCAUGUAUCUACCUAGGUAAUAGACAUUGUUUAGGGACUGCAAUACUAGAACUUGUUGAAGCAGGGCAUGGCUUUUGUCACAGGUGCUGCAUGGAUGAUUAAGUGAGUGUGCGAUUCGCGGGCGCCAAGUCGAAGCGUAGGGAUCAGCAAUUUAGGGGUCCAUGGAU